CGGCGGGUGAAAGUUGAAUCUCACAGACAAAACAGAGGGGCGGUUGGUUGCGCAUCUGUUAUAGAUUUCAUUCUGCGACACAAGUGACAGUUCGGUAAAAUAAAUACAACAAUGGCGUUAAGUGACUUGGAAGUAGAUGUCUGCGACAGAGAAGAUGAAGGAUCAACGGAGCCUGAUGUAAUUGCACAGGGGAACGUUCUAGAAACCUUUAGCGAAAGAGAGGAGACUCGCAGUUUAAUUUGCAGCCUGAAGAAUGUCUAUGAGGAUUUGACUGCAUUGGAGGUGACAACUCAGAAAUUCCUUGUUAUAAUGGAUAAAUACCAAGAACAGCCCCAUCUCCUGGACCCACAUCUCGAAUGGAUGUUAAAUUUGUUGCUUGAAAUAGUACGAGAUAAGAAGUCUCCACCAGCAUUGACAGCAUUGGGAUUUAAAUUUCUCUAUAUCAUCUCUAAGGUGCGUGGUAGCAAGUGUUUUCUGAGACUCUUUCCUCAUGAGGUUGCCGAUGUAGAGCCUGUGUUGGACCUUCUCUGCCUGCAAGAUCCAAAAGGCUAUGAGACUUGGGAGACCCGCUACAUGCUGCUCCUGUGGUUGUCCAUGACAUGCCUGAUUCCUUUUGAUCUCUCUCGCCUCGAUGGAAACAUCACAACACAGAGCAGACAGGCCAGAGUGCCCAUCAUGGAUCGAAUUCUCACUGUUGCUAAGUCUUACCUGACAGUUAGUGACAAGGCCAGGGAUGCUGCUGCUGUUCUGGUAUCAAAGUUUGUUAUCCGGCCAGAUGUCAAGCAGAAGAGGCUGGCAGACUUCUUGGACUGGAACCUCUCGACUCUGUCUCAGGCUUCCUACCAGACCAUGGAGGGGACAGUGGUGGUGGACGGCAUGCUGCAGUCUCUGGCUCAGUUGUUCAAGCAUGGAAAAAGGGAUGAUUUCUUACCUUACUCUCCCACGGUCCUCCAGUGCCUUGAUAACUGCAAGCUGUCUGAGAGUAACCAGACCAUCCUCCGCAAGCUGGGGAUGAAGCUUGUUCAGCGACUGGGACUCACCUUCCUGAAGCCAAAGGUCGCCAAGUGGAGGUAUCAACGUGGGAGCAGGUCUUUGGCUGCCAACCUUUCGAUCUCCACUCAGGGUCAGCCAUAUGCAGUAGCACAAAGCACAGAACUGACAGACAAAGAAGAGGAGGAAGGAUAUGACAUCCCAGAAGAGAUGGAGAAUGUCAUAGAACAAUUGCUGGUUGGAUUGAAAGAUAAAGACACUAUUGUCAGGUGGUCUGCAGCAAAAGGCAUUGGCAGGGUGACCGGUAGACUUCCUAAAGACUUGGCAGAUGACGUGGUUGGCUCAGUGCUGGACUGCUUUAGCUUCAAAGAGACAGACAACGCCUGGCAUGGGGGCUGCUUGGCACUGGCAGAGCUGGGAAGGAGAGGCCUACUGCUUCCAUCCAGACUCCCAGAUGUGGUCCCUGUAAUUCUGAAGGCUCUGACUUAUGAUGAGAAGAGGGGUGCUUGCAGUGUGGGCUCCAAUGUCCGAGACGCUGCCUGCUAUGUGUGCUGGGCCUUUGCGCGUGCCUACGACCCACUGGAACUCAAGCCGUUUGUCACUCCCAUAGCCUGUGCCCUGGUGAUAGCUGCUGUGUUUGAUCGGGAUGUCAAUUGCAGAAGAGCUGCUUCUGCUGCCUUCCAGGAGAAUGUUGGGAGACAGGGUACAUUCCCACAUGGCAUCGACAUUCUCACCACAGCAGACUACUUCACUGUUGGAAACCGGACAAACUGUUUCUUAAACAUAAGUGUAUAUAUUGCCAGUUUCCCAGAGUACACCCAGCCUAUGAUAGACCAUCUAGUAAACAUGAAGAUAAACCACUGGGAUGGUGUGAUUCGAGAACAGGCCACCAAAGCUCUGCACAACCUUACACCAAAGGCCCCCGAAUACAUGGCUGAGGCUGUUUUGCCAAAGCUGUUGCCACUGGCAGUGGGUGUGGACUUGCAUACCCGCCAUGGAGCCAUCUUAGCGUGCGCUGAAAUUACACACGCACUUUACAAACUGGCACUGGAGACAAAUAGACCUGUAACUGAUUUUCUGAAAGAUGCCUCAAUAGAAGGACUCAAAGGCAUUCACGAGAAGCUGUUCAGUAAGCAGCAGUACAGAGGAUUUGGUGGUGAACUGAUGAGACCAGCAGUUUGUUCUCUUAUAGAAAAAACGUCUUUGUCUAAAAUGCCUUACAAGAAUGACCCUAUUAUUGGUGGGUGGCAAUGGUUGAUCGAUGACAGCUUAAAAAGUAUCCAUCUCUUCUCUAGCGCAGCAAAACAGAAGAUAAAGGAGGCUGCUGUCUCAGCCCUGGCUGCUUUGUGCAAUGAGUACUAUCGAAGUGCAGACGGAGCAGUGGACCCUACCAUUCAGGACGAGCUGGUGAGCCGUUACAUUGUGCAGCUGCAGAGCGCUGAGGAGAUGACUCGCUGUGGAUAUGCGCUCGCCCUGGGAGCCCUGCCUCAGUUCAUGCUCCGUGGCAAACUGCAGCAGGUGCUAGAAGGCCUAAGGAAGACCACUAGCAUCAGUGUGAAGGAUGUCAGCUUCGCAGAGGCAAGGAAGGAUGCUCUGAAAGCCACUGCACAGGUCUGUGCGACUGUAGGCGUGUCUCUGGGAGGCUCCCCUGAUUCGGUGGUUUGUGAGCAGAAUGUUCCUCAGAUUUACAGCACCCUGCUGGAGUGCAUGAGAGACUACACCACCGACAGCAGAGGGGAUGUCGGAUCCUGGGUGCGGGAGGCUGCAAUCACUAGUAUUAUGAAGGUGACAUUUCUCCUCGUCCAGAGUCACCCAGAACUCAUCUCACCUGACAUUUGCAGCCGAAUGCUGUGCUGCCUGGCUCAGCAGUCCGCAGAGAAGAUUGACAGGUAUCGGGCUCAUGCUGGCUCAGUGUUCCUGCAAAUCCUGCACUUCAAUAACCCUGCAGUACCUCACAUCCCCCACCGGGAGGAGCUCUUGAGGGUCUUUCCCAGCUCGGAAGCAGAGACAUUAAACUGGAACGCCCCCUCUCAGGCUUUUCCUCGUAUCACUCAGCUGCUGGGAAUGCCUGCCUACCAGUACCACACCCUGCUGGGGCUGUCCGUCUCUGUGGGAGGACUGACAGAGUCUACGGUUCGAUUCUCAGCCCAGUCCCUCUUUGAUUAUCUUAAGACGAUACAACAGGACGCGACUGCCAUGAACAAUUUUGGGUGCACUUUGCUGCAGAUCUUCAGGGAUAAUGUGCGGAAUGACAGGGUCUCCAUCCCCCUGCUGAAGAUGAUUGAUCAGAUGCUGGCCAAUGGAUGCUUUGAUAUCUUUGCAAAAGAAGAAAAUCAUCAGUUUGGCAUUGACUUGCUUGCUCUUUGCAAAGAAGAAAUCAGGAAGUCCAAAGACAUCCAGAAGCUUCGAUCCAGCAUUGCUGUAUUUUGCGGCCUGAUUCAGUUCCAAGGGGACAUCCGGAAGAAGGUUCUGUUGCAGCUUUUGAUGCUGCUCUGUCACCCAUUCCCUGUUAUAAGAAAAACAACAGCGAGCCAGGUGUAUGAAAUGCUGUUGAUUUACGAUGAUGUCAUCGACCUGGCCGUGAUGGAGGAGGUGAUGACGAUGCUCAGCGACACCAACUGGGAAGCUGAACUGACCACAGUAAGAACACAGAGGAAUCAACUGUGCGAAUUGCUGGGUGUCCAGAAGCCUACUCUGGUUGUCAAGAGUUCGGUCCAGUAGCCAGUAGGAUGGCUUGAAGAGGAACUGUUGAGCACACUGAUAACUGCAUGCAGAGUACUUCAAACUAUUAAUCAGUACCCACUGGUAUUUUAAGGCAGUUGUGCGAUGCACUGUUACGAAUAAACCUCUCAUUAUAAUAAAAGGAUUAAAUCACUUUUCUAAUUUAAAAUCCCAAUACAUACCGACCACCUCAGUUACCUGUGCUCACUAAUGAACUGCUUUAAAACCAUGUUGUAAUGAAUAUUCUGAUAAAGCUUGCUCUUUUGAAACCAGUUUGCUAUUAUUAAUGUUUGUUUGUUUGUUUGUUUGUUUGUUUUUGUAUUGUUCAUGUACCGUUUGAAUCAACUGUAUUGCUUUGUAAAGAGGUGGAACAGUAUGUAGCUAGGCUUGUUAAUUAAAAUCUCUUUGUAAAAAUCUGAGGUCCUUUGGGGAAAUAACAACUGAAUCCCCAGUUACAUUUGAUGAUUCAUAAAAUUAUUGCUAUGGAAAUGUUCUUAUUAUUACAAAAGGCUGUUGUGUUGUAUUGCUCUGACACAGCAGUGCGCAGUCAAGAGGGAUAUAGUUUUAUUCCAGUAUAUUAUAACAUGGUUCAGAAUAUCCUUUGAUAUGAGGCAGUGAGAUUAAAUCAUAUCUUCCAGACUUGUUGCAGAAGAAACUGGAGAAUGUCAGGCUAGGGAAACUAUGGUUAAAUCAGCAUAAAGGUUAAUAAAACUAUAGCUCUUUAGUGCAGCAGAGAUAACAUGAGCCAAUAAACAAGAGAUUCCCUAAAAGCCCUUUUGUUUUUUAAGUAAUUUUCAUACAAACAAAUGCAGCAAUUCCUUUUCAGGGCAGCUCAAAGUGAUCCAGUCUCAUGUUGGUUGCUAAGGGUUACAGGCAGAUUUUUAAAUUAAUUAGCAUAGUAUUACUGUCACUUUUAUAAGCCCUUAACUCUUAUUUGUUUAAAUUAAUGUUGUUAAACAAAACAGAAAGUUUAGGUUUUUGUGGGAAAAUGUCUAACUUGUUCAUAUUCUCAUGGUGUUUUGCCUUAUAUAGCGUGUUGAUACAGGGAAGACCUUGAAGGCUAAUUUGGUUGCCAUAGCAGCCAGAACCCCUUAAAUGUUAAAAACAACGGUCCUCAAAGUGAAACAAAGUGAGUGUGUUCCUCAGCGGAGCUCCAGCUACCUAGCCUAUAUGUUUGAAAACUAACUUCAGAAGGAUCAGGGAACCAAUUAUUUCAAUCCUUUUAAUAUACUUUUUUGUUCUUCCUUUGGGUACACUAUGUCCUUGUUUUUAAGUUGCUGUUUUUUUAAGCAUUUUAUUUAUUUUUUAUUAUUUAAAGAUCAAACCUGGGAGAAUUUUUGUAGUUAAUUUUAAGGUGAAGGAAUAGAAAGCAAAACGUAGCUGCUCUUUCUCUCGCUCUUCUUUGUCUCGCUCUUUCUUUUCCAGUUAGAAAUUAAUGUUGCUUGUACUAGAAAAUAAAACAGCAAUGUCCAUAUGUAAACAGGCAUGCCAACUGUAUAAUGUACAAGCUGUUGUAACUCAUCUGAAUGUCCUUCAUUACCUGUUUGAGCUGUGGUCGCAGCUGAUGUAGGUCCAGCUCAGUUAUUACCAGGUUCAACAGUGAGAUGGUGUGUGUGCCAGCUUGUAAUUGUGCGCAGGAGGAAAAUGACUGUUGCUCCACAUGUACAGUGUGUGGGGAAUCUGCUGAAAAUAAAAUCUCCAGUUAAAUCGU